CGGGUUUCACCUUUCCAACUCUGCUGUUGGGUUCUGCACUAGCUUCCAUACUUAGAGACUGAGGAGGAGAGGAACGUAGUGAAAGGAAGGAAACUAGAACUGAGACUGUUCGUCACUGAGGGACCUUUGUCUGAGAGACGGACUCUUAACUCUGUAGUAGUAUCUUGGCCUCUAACCUGCUCUUAACCCGUCCUUUUUUUUUUCCUCGCUAGUCCUCUCCCCAUAUUCUCACUUUCUCUCUGGUCUUAACGAAAGGAAAUACGGCAAGAUGAGCUAUGCAGAAAGGUGCUACAUAACGUGAUGUGUGAACCAGAAAGAACUGAAAAACAGUGAUAUCAGAAAGCCUUCUGCAAGAACACGUGCAUAAACUUUGAUUCUGUCAGUACUUCAUUUCUGUCCUACAAUAUAGCAGGAAGAAGUUCUUAAAAGCUUGCAAAAAUCAUCUGCCCUUAGGGGGUGGUUGCCACCUGUCGAGACAACCCCACCACGUAGUGAGGAGAUGAGGAAACUGAGGCCAGAAAGAUAAACUAACAGAACAUGCCAGAAGAGAAAUGCCAGAAUCAUGACAGCCAGGCCCCGGUGAAACAGAAUUCCAAAGGGCACAUUAAGAUGAAAAUAGAAGGACCUGGUUUCACAUUCUGUGUCUACAAGUGCAGGUAACCCAACACCUCAAGGAAACGGAAGCACAGUCGCUCCUCCUCGCUCCCUACCACUCCGCCCCCUCCGCCCCGCCUUGGGCACCGCCCUCCGCGUCUGCAGGCCUGCACCGGAGGCCACGCCCCUGCGCGCUGGUUGGUCCUCGCCGGAAUGAUGAAACUUCCCGCACGCAUUACAGGAGCCAGGCGGCUGUAAGCCGAGAAGAGGCCGGCGGUCCCUCCAGCACUUCACAACCUUGGUCUCCUUCCCUCUGCCCGUCCGACCCAUUCACUACUAGAAAGUUUAUAGCUUCAUUGCACCAUGUGUGGCAUUUGGGCCCUCUUUGGCAGUGAUGACUGCCUUUCUGUUCAGUGUCUGAGUGCUAUGAAGAUUGCGCACAGGGGUCCAGAUGCAUUUCGUUUUGAGAACGUCAAUGGAUAUACCAACUGCUGCUUUGGAUUUCACCGGUUGGCGGUGGUUGAUCCACUAUUUGGAAUGCAGCCAAUUCGACUGAAGAAAUACCCUUAUUUGUGGCUCUGUUACAAUGGUGAAAUCUACAACCACAAGGCGUUGCAACAGCAUUUUGAAUUCGAAUACCAGACAAAAGUGGAUGGUGAGAUAAUCCUUCAUCUGUACGACAAAGGAGGAAUUGAGCAAACCAUUUGUCUGUUGGAUGGGGUGUUUGCUUUUAUUUUAUUGGACACUGCCAAUAAGAAAGUGUUCCUGGGCAGAGAUACCUAUGGAGUCAGACCUUUGUUUAAAGCCAUGACAGAAGAUGGAUUUCUGGCUGUGUGUUCAGAAGCUAAAGGUCUUGUUACAUUGAAACACUCCACAGCUCCUUUUUUAAAAGUGGAGCCUUUUCUUCCGGGACAUUAUGAAGUUUUGGAUUUAAAACCAAAUGGCAAAGUCGCAUCUGUGGAAAUGGUUAAAUAUCAUCACUGUAGGGAUGAGCCUCUGCAUAUCCUCUAUGACAGUGUGGAGAAACUCUUCCCAGGUUUUGAGAUAGAAACCGUGAAGAGCAACCUCCGCAUCCUUUUUGACAAUGCUGUUAAGAAGCGUUUGAUGACAGACAGACGUAUUGGUUGCCUUUUAUCAGGAGGCUUGGACUCCAGCUUGGUUGCUGCCACUCUGCUGAAGCAACUAAAAGAGGCCCAAGUACAGUAUGCUCUCCAGACAUUUGCAAUUGGCAUGGAGGACAGCCCCGAUUUACUGGCUGCUAGAAAGGUGGCAAAUCAUAUUGGAAGUGAACAUCAUGAAGUCCUUUUUAACUCUGAGGAGGGUAUUCAGGCCCUGGAUGAAGUUAUAUUUUCCUUGGAAACUUAUGACAUUACAACAGUUCGAGCAUCAGUAGGCAUGUAUUUAAUUUCCAAGUAUAUUCGGAAGAACACAGACAGUGUGGUGAUCUUUUCUGGAGAGGGAUCUGAUGAACUUACGCAGGGUUACAUUUAUUUCCACAAGGCACCUUCUCCUGAAAAGGCUGAGGAAGAGAGUGAGAGGCUUCUGAAGGAACUCUAUUUGUUUGAUGUUCUCCGUGCAGACAGGACUACUGCUGCCCAUGGCCUUGAACUGAGAGUUCCAUUUCUGGAUCAUCGCUUUUCUUCCUAUUACUUGUCUCUGCCACCAGAAAUGAGAAUUCCAAAAAAUGGGAUAGAGAAACAUCUCCUGAGAGAGGCAUUUGAAGACUCCAACUUGAUUCCUAAGGAGAUUCUCUGGCGACCCAAAGAGGCCUUCAGUGAUGGGAUAACCUCAGUUAAGAAUUCCUGGUUUCAGAUUUUACAAGAAUAUGUCGAACAUCAGGUUGACGAUGCGAUGAUGGCAGCUGCAGCCCAAAAAUUCCCCUUCAACACUCCUCAAACUAAAGAAGGCUAUUAUUACCGUCAAAUCUUUGAACAACACUAUCCAGGCCGGGCUGACUGGCUGACCCAUUACUGGAUGCCCAAGUGGAUCAAUGCCACUGACCCUUCCGCUCGCACUCUGAGCCAUUAUAAGUCAGCUGCCAAAGCGUAGGCACUCUCCAAGCUGUGAAGUGAAAGUAGAUGUUUCUUCUUGGGGUGUAGAGGCACUGGAGACAGUCAGGGGAGCAGUGAAAGUCAACCACUUAGGCCUACUUGGGCAUGAAAAAAAUAAAAGUCAUACCUAAAA